AUGUAUCGCCUCACCCGCAAUCUACAAAGAUUUGCUGUGGCAAAGGCAUGUGUCUUCAAACUGAGUGGACACAUUUGCAGCCUAUCAGCUUUGGUGCUUGAAAUAAUCCUUGAGUGCAGUCAAAACUGGCGCCUGUGUGAAUUUGACAAUAACAUUGUGCAGCUUUUGGUUUUUGGACUCUGGUAAGCUUAAUACCAUCAAGAGUUUGACAAAUCUGGGUCUGUGAUCAGGAACCUGGUGCACAGCCCUAUCAACUCAACAUGGACCAUUUUACUUGAAUUUCAGUGUGCACAGACACUAAGAGUGUUGGCCGUUUUGAUGAAACCUGCCAUCCUUAUUUGCAGUGUAGUGGCCAUCAAGAACAGCUGCGUGAAAGCCCCACUUAUACUUUUAUACAAGAUCUGUGCUUUAGAUUUAUAUGUUAGCAGCCUUUCCGCAUUUGUUUCUGUGAGCUGGAACCAUGUUGUAAACCUUUAUGACCAAACCAUCCUUGAUCUUCCACCCAACUUUCCUUUUAAGAAAGAUGCUUUAAUAAACAAACACUACACUGCUAUGUUCUCAGUAGGCAUCCUGACAGCCACAGUGUCACUGGUGUCAUUCUUAGGAGUGAUUAUGUUCCUCUUUCAGAUGAGUUCUUUGACACCACAGGAUGAAGUGAAAGAUCACUGUGCUUCCAAACUGAGUGCUCAAAAGACCUGA